GCUCGCAGUCAUCGCUCAUCAGCUUCACGAACACAUCGCCACCGUCAUUCGCCACUGCAUUUCUGAAUCUUUUUCUUGAGGGAGAAAUGGGUUUGAAGGAGGAUUUUGAGGAGCAUGCCGAGAAAGCCAAGACUCUCCCCGAGAGUACCACCAAUGAGAACAAGCUCAUACUGUAUGGAUUGUUCAAGCAAGCCACUGUUGGACCAGUGAACACAAGCCGUCCUGGAAUGUUCAACAUGAGAGACAGGGCUAAAUGGGAUGCUUGGAAGGCUGUCGAAGCAAAAUCCAAGGAUGAAGCAAUGAACGACUACAUCACCAAGGUGAAACAAUUGCUCGAAGAAGCCGCUUGAGUUCAGACAGAACUGCAUGCUAAUGCUAAUACGCAUUAUGAAAAAAACUUAAGUUUAAAUUAUUGGUGAUUUUUAUGUUAUGGGACUUCUAUGUGUACCAUGUCCAGUUAUGGAAAUGGUGUCUUAAUCAGAAAUGAAAGUGUUGGAUUUUAGCCAGCAUGGUUUGUGCCC